AAGUGAAAAUUUUUAAUACAUUCGGUGUAAGAACGCCCGACGCGCAACUUGUGUUUUUUUUUAUACCGUGUGAAAUUCGAUUUUUUGAUUAUUAUUUUUGACUGUAUUUUCAUCCCAUUAACGGACGAUUUCAUUAUAGUCAUCUUUUCUACUACUCCAUCUGUGGGUAUUACCUGUUUGCUCUUCUGACGGUGCCUUUUUAGUGGACAUUAUGGAGGACGACCCGGACGGGGUUACACCUCGUCUGGAACCAGGGGGGGCAGGACCCCCUCAGAAAAUGUUGAUAAUUGGAAGCACAACUGCGAAUGGGGAAUCGAACAUAUCAUUUCAUGCUAGGAACAAUGAUUUUGAAAAAUUUGCUGAAAACCACAUGCCUAAUAGAAAGCGAAAACAAAGUGACAGUACAAUUCCAGAUGAAGAGGAAGACGAAACUGAGGACCCGCUGGUCUUCGUCUCGCAGAACAUGCCAACAGUAUAUGAGGAUGAUCAUAGAGGCCCCUUCACUGUAUACGUGGACACAGCGAAAGCGGAACCAAGAACACCAAUUAAUCAGUAUAGACUUGCGAAGAAACUACUUGAUCUCAAGGUAGGAGAUAUAGACAACAUUAUUAAAAUAGGUUAUAGUAGAUGUAAGGUGACGUUCAGAUCGAGAUCGGCAGCAAAUAAUUUUGUGAAUAGUAAACAAUUGGAGAGUGCAGGUUACACCCCAAGAAUCUUUGCCCACCUUUUGACGAAAACGGGAAUAGUCUUUAAUAUACCGGAAGAGAUCUCAAUGAAGGAAUUAUCAGCCAUGCUAACAUCACCAGUGCCUAUAGUCAAAUUGAUAAGAAUGACGAGAAAGAAUGGAAACGAAAGAUGUGCCACUAUGAAGUGUUACAACUGUUUUAAAUUUAACCAUAUGGCGGACAACUGUAAGCAGAAGGAGAAGACAUGUGGCAAAUGCUUUACUAAACACACUUUGAAUUCUGAUUGUGAUACGGGAAUGAUAACUUGUACAAAUUGUAAGAACUUGCACCCACCCACCGACCGCAAUUGUCCGGCUCGGGAGAAAGCGUUGAAUCUGAAGAGAAUUAUGAUUCUGGAGAACUUGAGCAUCAGAGAGGCUAGAACUAAAUAUGCUGGUAUCAUAGGUGGAAACAGAUUUGAAAUAUUAGGUGAUGACGGUGUUGAGGUGAAUUUCCCUCAAUUACGCACCAGACCGGAUAAGAUCAUUGAUAACUCUAUUGAAGCAGCGAGACACGUACAUAGAAACCAAUCAUUUGCGAAAGUUACCAAAUCAAACCCCAACAGGAUUAGAGAGGAAGAGAGAGCAAGAAAAGAUAUGGAUCAAUGGAGACAACUUAACAGAGAGAACCAAAUAGUAUUACAGGAGAAGAGAGAUAUUGAAAACCCCCACUCGGUUACAGAGGUGGAAAGACUGGCUACCCAAUUAAAAACCUUGGCGAACUCAUUCUUCAGUAAAUGGGGAGAUGACUCGCUUUCAAGCAAUGACAGAAGAUUCGUAGGUGAAAUUGCAAGAGCUUUAGACAGAGCGCUAAUAACUAAGGACAGAGAUGAAAUAAUCGCAUCCACAAGUGGUGCGAUUGCAAAGAAUUACUAGUACAUUAUGAAAUUUUUACAGUAUAAUAUACAGAGUUUGGGGAAGAAAGGUAACAAGGAACUGAUUGAAUUAUAUAUGGAGAAGAAUAACAUUGAAUGUGCAGUAUUAUAUGAGAUCUGGUUGAAGGAUAAUAGAAGUACCAAUUUACUGAACUACAACUUUAUUGGUAAUUUUCGGAAUGAUGGAUAUGGAGGCGUUGGCAUUUACCUGAGGAAGAAUAUAAGAUUCAUGAUUAAUAGAAUUGACACGGAUGGUGAGGUAAUAUCAAUAUCGACUUUGAAUCUUCCAUUUAAUUUUAAUAUUACUGGUAUUUACUGCCCACCGGAUGUGAAUGUGAAACAUUUCGGGGACAUUGUGGAGAAGAGCAUGGCCUUUUUUGAAGAUUCGCGCUUGACUACAUUUGUAUGUGGCGACUUCAACGCCAAGUCAACCUCUUGGGGAAAUAUGAAUACCGACAGAAGGGGAGCCUCUCUUGACAAUUUAGUACGAAAUUAUGGUUACACAGUUCUGAAUGACGGCUCCAAGACUUUUGUAGGACCAUCCGGGGAAUCUGCAAUUGAUUUAACACUGGUCAGGAGUAACAAUAGAUUAAUACAAUGGAGAACUUUGGAUCUAAGGAUUACGGGAAGCAAUCACAAACCUAUAAACUUUGAAUGGAAGCCUGACAACAGACCCAGUGGCAGUAGGCGUAAACUAAUUCGGAACAAACUUAUUGAUACUCUAGGGAAAAUGGAGAUUGAAGAUGAUAUUGUGAGCAUAAACUGUAAGUUCAGGGAGGCUAUCCAAUCAUGCACUGUGACGCUUAAUGGGGAAAACCAUUAUAAGGCAAAGGCUUGGUGGGAUAAAGAAUCUGAGAAGCUCUUCAGAAUCAGAAAUGCGGCCAGGCUGAAAAAUGACAGAUACAAAUCAUGGCAGAAUAAUAUAAUAGCUGUUGAGGCGGAUGAGAACUUCCAGAAACAUAUUAGGAAGAGGAAACACGAGCAUUUUAGGAAACUGCAGGAAGAAUUGUCUAAUCCGGAAACUCAGGAGAAGAUGUGGAGACAGAUGAACAACCUGAAGAAAUAUGACCGAGUAAAAAAGGUGAAUAACAGCUGGAGCUCUCAGCAGAAUACUCAAUUUUUGAAUAACAUGACCUCCUGCACGGACUCGAGUAACUUUGUGCCAUCAGAUUACCCACUAGUGCAAAUGGAGGAUAUCAAUUUGAAUCUGAGUGAUUUCGAAGAUUUUUUAAGUUCUCGUAAGCCUGACUCUGCAGGCGGAGCUGAUGGAAUAACUUACAGAAUGCUUUUAAAUCUUUCGGAUAGCGGCAGGAAGAAAUUGUUUGCAGUGCUCAACAGAAUAUGGAUCUCUGGUAACAUUCCUGAUAUCUGGAGACAUAUAAAAGUUCACCCCAUCCCUAAACGUGAAGAUUCGGUGGAUAUUACUGAUUAUAGACCGAUAUGUCUUCUGCCAGUACUUCUCAAGUGCAUAGAGGGUAUGUUGAAACCACAUAUGGAGCAAUUCGCAAAUUCCAGGAAGAUCAUACCCGAAAGGUCUUUUGCUUUCCGCAAGAAUAUGAGCACGACGCAAUGCAUUAACGAUUUGAUAAAUACAGUUCAAUACCUCAGAACUGAAAAACGGAAAGUAGUGGCGAUUUGUAUUGAUAUAGAAAAAGCGUAUGACCAUGUGAACGUGAACACCUUAGGAGCCAAAUUGAUGGAGAUGGGUUUUAAUCGUAAAUUGGUACUGUGGCUAACAUCAUAUCUCCAAGACCGUACACUUCAUCUUCACGAUGCGAAAACUAAGACUAAUCGUGGACUGGCUCAGGGCAGCGGCUUGAGCCCAAUACUGUUCAAUUUGUACACGGCAUCACUUCACAACAUAGAGGAUGAAAACACGUAUAUUUUUCAGUUUGCGGACGAUUUUUUCAUUCUUGCAUUUGAUGAAACUUGGGAUGAGGCGUUAGACAUCCUGGAACGCAAAUUUGGUGAAUUCAUUUACGAUUGUGAACAAUUGGACCUUAAUAUAAACUACGACAAGACCACGGUGACAUCAUUUGGUAGAAGGAGUUCUCAAAUUAAUCUCAAUUUCAAUGGUAGAAUGUUAACGGAAGUAAAGGAGAUCAAAUAUCUUGGCAGGAUAGUCUCGGCGAAUAAUUCUUCACUAUCUCAUGUGACGCAGGCAAUAUCGAAAAUAAACCGGACUUGCAGGUUUUUGAAUACGACAAGUGGUUGCCUUUAUGGAAUACAUCCGGCAAGGGCCAUCCAGUUUUAUAGAGUUUAUGCCCGAUCACAAUUGGAAUAUGCUGCGUCAUCUUUUGCGAACCUUUCCGGAAGAGCCCUGGCUAAAUUUCAGACUCAAUCGAAUUUCCACGUUAGAAGGGCCCUGGGUCUUAUGAAAUCCACCCCGGUACAUGUCUUAUAUCAUCUAGCGGCCGAAUUGCCCCCUAAAUAUAGAAUUCAACUGGCAGCAGGGAAAGAUCUGGUGAAACUAUUCCAUUUGGAAAUGCCUUUGGCAAAAUUGCUCCCAACCUUGGAGAAACCUUUGGACACGAGUUAUUACAAGAUGUUUGAUAAAUUCAAGAAUGUACUCUUGGACGUGGAACAAAUACGUACUUCUACAGUGGAAUCCCGAAAAGUGCGAACAUAUGAAAACUUCUAUCAUAGCAACAAGGCGAACCUGAAUCCUCAGGAGGUGAAUCAAAUAUUUCUCAGUAAAAAAAACGACAUCAUGAGCAGGAAUUUGGAGCUGGUAUAUACUGAUGGUUCCAUAAUGGAGAACCAAGCUGGUGGAGCCUUCUUUCAUCCAAGGUCUAACACUGUAAGGAGAUUUAAAUUGUCGAAAACAGUGUCAUCCAUGUCGGUGGAAUUGCACAUAAUGGAAAAGGCGGUAGAAUUUGCAAAGGAGAUGAACUUUCUGAAAUUGGCGAUACUUACUGACAGCAAAAGUGGUGUUCUGGCCUUGAAAAACGGUGUUUCAAAUGCGGCAUGUUCCAGAAUUCAUGAUUUGAUAGAUUCCAGCCCUACACUUUCCACUGUUGAGUUUCAUUAUAUCCCUUCGCAUAGGGGAAUAUUCGAGAACGAACGUGUUGAUGAAGAAGCUAAAAAGGCCACUCAAGAUGGCCUGACAUUGCAAAUAAAAUGGUCUAAAGACGAAGCUAUAAGGGAGAUCGAAAGGAGACUACAUGAUGAGUGGGAGAGAGAAUAUGUUGAUCUAAGUCGUACGAAAGGUCGGGAAUUCGGAAAAAUAUUCCCAAGUCUCCUUAGGAAACCUUGGUUCAACCAUAACUCCUUGGGGAUGAAUGCUAUUCAGAUAAGACAGUUGAACAGAAUACUCUCAGGCCAUUCCUUCAGUCCACAUACUUUGGCUAGAUUACAUGUUUUGGAUGAUGACACUUGCCUUCUGUGCAAUGAAGUUGACGACGACUCACAUAUCAUAUUCGAAUGUACCAAAUACAACCACAUCCGCUUGAGGUAUCCGGUAUUAGAGCAGUAUGAUAAUACCACGUCAUUUUUCAGGAAGGAACCUAUUGAGAAUUAUCAUUUCAUUACGGACUUUAUUAAGGAGGCUAAUAUUAAACUUUAGAGAACUUUAGAUUUAAAUUGUUGGUGGCGUUUUAUCCCUUUGGACCAGCCAAGUAAAUCUCCCAUCCCUUGUUUUUUUUUAAGGGGGCACGGAGUAAUCCCAAAAUCGACAAAAAAAAAAAAAAAAAAAAAAAAAAAAUUUUUAAUAAUUUUA